ACAGAGACACAGAAUGCUCCAUUGUUCCAGGAUCAUCUUCAUCAAACCCAUCAUCAUCACCAAGAGAUUGUGAUUGAUAUUAUGUCAGGCACACAGACUUCUCUGGUUGCCCUGCUGUGGCUGUGGGGAGCGUGGCUGUCCCCUGUCCUGUCCUCGUGCACCACGGGCCGGCCAGCAGAGUGCAAGGCUGCGCUGUCAGCUCCCGGUACCAACCUGGCGGGUGAGGGUUUCGACGUCGUCACCAUGGAACGUAAGCAGGCCUAUGUCAUCGACGUGGACACCUGGAGGAAGACCAAUAACGGGGCCUGUACCCUCUGUGUUAACCCUUUCAUGGAUGGCCAGACUCAGAGGCUGCCUGCGGCUGUGGUGGACUGGCGUCCCUCGCAGAAGUGCAACAUGAAGUUAGCCAGCAUGGUCUACGACUCCAGCGAGGCGUUUGUGAGCAGCAGCCAGACAGAGGUAGAUGUCAGUUGGAAGAUUGGUCUGGACGUUAUGACCCCCCAGGCUAAGGGGUCGGUCAUGGUGGGGGGCACCCACUCCAGAGCUGCCAAAACGGUGAUGAGCCAGUCGAAGAAGGACAAGUACAGCUUCAUCAAACAGGAUAUACACUGCUCUUAUUACAGUUACCGCCUGCUAGAUGACCCUCCCCUGCACCCUGAGUUCUCUCGCUCCCUGGGCCUCCUGCCCCCCCUCUACACUGACCAGACCAAGGUUGACUACAGACGUUUUCUUGACAACUUUGGCACCCACUUCAUCAAGAAGGUUCUCCUGGGGGGGCGGGUGAAGAGCGUGACCUCCCUGCGAGUGUGCCAGGCGGCCCUGAGUGGCUACAAUGAGAACGAGGUCAAGGACUGUCUUGAGGCUGAGGCCUCCGUCGCCACCAGUACCGGAUCAGCUGAACUCAACACAGAGACCAAGUUCUGCAAGAAGGACCUUCAGAAACGUGACACCAAGGACCGCUUCAGCAGCACCUUCAAAGAGAGGUUUACCGAGGUGGUGGGGGGACAGACGGACGGGACGCCCGACCUGCUCUUCUCCGAAACGGGUAAAAACUCCAAGGCCUUCGCUGAUUGGUCGAGCAGCCUGAAGACCAUCCCUGACGUCAUCAACUACUCCCUCCAGCCCCUCCACCUAUUGGUGAAGCAGGCCAGGAAGCGGGCUGGGCUGAAGAAGGCUGUGGAGGACUACAUCCUGGAACACGCUCUGGUCAAGCACUGCUCUGGGAAGUGCAAGGGAGGCUCCAGCUCCAGUGCCCACGACUCCUGCCAGUGUGUGUGCCAGGCCAGCAAGGAGAUGACCAGCCAGUGCUGCCCGCAGGAGAAGGGCCUGGCCCACCUUACCGUCACUGUGAAGAGCGCCAGGGGCCUCUGGGGGGACACCACGUCCAAGACCGACGGCUUUGUCAAGGUGUUCGUGGAUGACAAAGCUAUGCAGACUGAUGUGAUCUACAACAACGACAACCCUGCCUGGAACAAAGCCUUAUACUUUGAAAACGUCAAGCUCUCCCUGGCGAGCGAGCUGAAGUUUGCUGUGUACGAUGAAGACAAACACUGGUUCAAGUGGUGGAACGACCUCCUGGGGGAGUGCAGCGUCCGGCCCAUCUUAGUGGGUCCUCACGACAGCAUGUGUCCCAUGAAUCAUGGAACCCUGUACUUUUCCUACAAGGUCGACUGUGCCCCAGGACUUGGUGGCCCCAACUGUGGGGAGUAUGUCCCCUCUGGGAUGAACUCUGACCUCUCUGACCUCUACACCUCCCGCAAUGCCCUCAACAUGACCCAGGAUCUUCUGGCUCACAUCCGGAUGGGCCAGCCCAUAGGAGACCCCUUGGCUUUCGUGGUUAAGCAGAAGGCUAAUAGUCACCUUUACGGAAAAACCACAUGAAUCUCACAUCACAUGUCCCUGCUCUCAAAACCGCUAUGCUAUACACUAUAAACCUUAGCCUGGCCUGUCUAACCUUAAUGCAUACCAUUUCUAACCUAUUGUUCUGAACAAGAAAUCAUCAACAAAAACAUCCAAAGUAUAUGUAUUUCUGAAGGUAAUGGUUUAUUUGAAUUUUAGUAUGUUUAUUUGAUAGAGGCCAUGUACAAUUACAACAUGAAAUGUAUUGCAUUAAACUUGACUUUUAUGUUUUCAUUCUCUCAUGACUGUGCCAUGUUGUUUGUGCUCCACUGCAAUAAAAAGCUACUUGAUUUGAUACAUUCAGCUGGAAGUCCAGUAUAUCAAUUCAUUGACCCUCACUUGAAAAUCAAUGUGCUGCUUUUGUGUU